UGGGAGAUAGCUUGUAAUUAUUCUUUCUCGGUCAUUCGUGACUUGGGAUAUUAUGAUGCAGAAUUGCCACAUCGGGUGCCGGCAUUGUCCGUGGCGUUGAGUAGGUCGUGAGGGCCGAAACCUUCAUUUGCAUCGCAUUCAUAAACCAAACCAUCAUCCCAAUUCCUAACAGCAGUUCGCGCAAUCGCCUCGCUAGCGACAACGACGACAAUCGAACUAGAAAGAUGCGAACGGAACAAGUGCUUGCAGCAAGUCCUGCUCACCUUCCCAAUCCUUAUGGCACUCCAGCCGUUUCGGUGCUCAAGAUGUGUCCCGAGUGCAAUGGCACCGCCCCCAGUCAUCCCGGAGACGUCUCCAACGUGUAUCUUUGCUCAGAGCAUGCACGACCGCAACCUAUUCCAAUCUCCCAGCACGGUGCAGGGCACCAGCCAUUUACGGAGAAUUUGCGUCGUCCGAUGGACCGAAAGCGACGCCCCUCAACUGCCAGCUCGUCUUCGUCUGAUAUUGGUGAAUUGACGGAGUCAUCGCCCGAAGAAGGCCCUGUCAAGGGGCAGAGGCGAAAAGGGGCCACUCAAGCGUGGCCCUUGGCUGGUGUCGAAGGUCUUCCUGCACUGCAUAUACCCCCAGCACCUUCUACCUCCUCAUUUUCACCUACUUCUGCGACGUGUCUUCGAGGACUUUCCCCUGUUCGUCAUUCUUAUACGUCACCCCGCCCAUUGUGGAGUCAUCGAAGUCGCAGCAAAUAGUUGUGCAUUCUCGACCAAGAACCAAGACGAUCAUCGCACCUUCGACUUCAGUGGAAGAUUCUAUCCCUAGCCCUUGCGCAGAUAUUACACGCCUACGCGUGAGCUCAACCGGUCGUGGAGGCUCGUCUUACGUGCUUGCACGAUUCAUUCCCGG